CAGUUCGACUAAAGUCUUCAUAAUUAUAUAGGUUUAUCAAUAUUCAUGUUUUAUACAUCGUACUUCCUUCAAAGCUCGCCUAUUAUUCAUGAUAUAAACGAUAUAUUGUGUUCGUAGUUUUGAAAGAGCUUGAAGUACUGAAAUAUCUCCUCGGGAAGUUCUUCUUUUCACUUCCGGAAAUGUAACUUAAGUCAUACUUUAAUAGGAUUUAGUUUAAAUGGCAUACUUCCUUUUGUGAUAUUUGAAAAUAUUAGAUCUCUUUGUGCUGACAUAUUUCAAAACCCAUUUUACAUAUAUAAUACAAUAAAUGUAUUACUCCUCAAACGUAUUGAAUCCAAUUUUAUAUUCCAGAUUAUGAAUGCCUUGAUAAGAAUAAGUGGAAAACAAGUUUUAAGUGCGACCAUAUUGUAACUGUAUUGCCAGGAGAUAUCGAUAUAUCAUCGCCCAUCACACCGGGGUUUGGAACAGUGAACUACGAGCUUUGGAAGUAUAGAAACCGAGCACGUGUGGAAGUUGUCAUAAUAAUAAUCUCAAUAACAAUAGCAAUGUUGGUGUUUUGGUUGCUUACUUUGAAAUGUUGGCCAUUAAUAUUCAAACACCAAUGCUCAGAUGUAGUUAAGACACCUCCAGAGGAUAUGGACGAAAAUAUUGAAGAUAAAAGUGCUACUGUUGAAACCAAUGUACAUAAUAAAGUUAAGAUGCCGUCUUAUAUUCAAGAAUUUCAAAAUGAAACACUUAGAGACUGGGCUAGUAAACUUGACAAGUUUGUUAAAACAAGAGCAGCAGACGUCAUAUACAACCAUACGAAGACCGAAACCGUGAUUCUUAUAGUUGGACCGACGGGGACUGGUAAAUCAAGCCUUGCUUAUUAUGCAGCUUUCAAACUAAAAGAAGAAGCUGGUUACACUAUUUUACCUGUCAGGAAACCAGUUGACAUUACAAACUAUCAUGUACCAGGCACAAAACAAAUUUUCCUCGUUGAUGAUUUUAUCGGAAAGUACGCGGUUGAUGAAAAAGAAGCAGUAUCAUGGGAAGAAAAUGGACCUUUAUUAAAAAUAAUUGUCAGCAAAAGAGAUCAAACAAAAAUUAUUCUUACAAGUAGAACAUAUAUUUGGCAACAAGAAUGGUAUAAAUACUUAAAUAUCCCAUCUUACACGUGUGAUUUGUUAUCGGAAAACUUACAGCUAUUAGCAGAAGAGAGAUUGAAUAUCUUCAAAUCUUAUAUCAACACCGAUGUUUCAAUGGCUUUGAAUGAGGAUGACAUAAUGCUGUAUAAUAUUUUUCUAUCUGUUUGCGCAAUGUACUCAUCUUCGAAGAAAUACUCAUUAAAAAAAUUCUUAGAAGUUCCUUUUUUGAUUAUUGAAAACGAGAUAGAUAAUUUCAAAACCAAAUCACAAGUUAGAUUUAUUGCAUUAGCAAUUCUUGCAAUCAAACAUAUAAUUUCAAUUAACUCACUUACAAUCAACAAACAUGAACAUGAUGAUUUAUUACAGGAUUUGUUUCAUGAAUCAACUUUUGUUCAAAAUCAAUCGAAAAAUCUUCUGAAGUCUACUUUAGCUGCUUUUAAAGGGGAAUACGUGAGAGAAGAGCAUGGUUGUUUCGAGUUUAUUCAUAAAACAAUGCGAAACAUCGUUCUUUGUUGUAUUGCAAAAACAUUCAUGAAAUCAGUUAUUAAGUAUUGUGAAAUUGACGUGAUAUUAAAUCAGAUUCGAUUGUAUUGUAUAAGUGACGAACAAGAUGUCUACAUCAUAAAAGUAACCAGAGAAAACACAAAUGCAUAUUUUCGACGACUUGUUACUGAAUUAAAAAAAGGAUUUCAUAAACAAGUUUUUGAAAGUGCACAGAACGUAGUUCCACAAUUCAGGGCAAAGUUUCUUGAACAUAUAAAGCUAAAUAUAACGUGUAAUGAAUUGACAAAAACAAAAGAAGGAAUGACAGCCCUUCAUGUUGUGUCCGCUCUAGGAUAUCAUGAGUACGUUUCAUUUUUCAUACAAUAUGAACGUAUGAUUAAUGAAAGAGAUACCGCUGGCAAUAUUCCUUUACAUUUAGCAUGCAAAAAAGGGCAUCUAGAAAUUGUCAAAGACCUUGUUGAAAACAACUCUUUAGUUGAUAUUCCAAACCACGAGGAAUUGAAGCCAUUUUUCUAUGCUUGUGAAAACAAUUCCGUCGAUGUUGCAAAGUACAUGUUGCAUUACUCGGGGAUAAAAGUAAAUGAAAAAUACAGCAGAAAGAAUAAGAGAUGUGUUCUUCACGUAGUGUGUGCAAAUGGAUAUACAGAUCUUGCGAUAUUACUGCUUAAAAACAAUGCAAAAGUAGAUGUUAAAGAUGCUGAUGAAUGUACACCGUUACAUUUAGCUUGUUACAACGGAAAUUCUGGAACAGUUUCAGCUUUACUUAAUAGUAGUGCGAAUGUAGAUGCAGUAGAUUUGUUUGGUAAAACUUCUGUAUAUAUUGCAUGUAGUGCAAAUCAUGAAAGGGUUCUACAACUUUUACUUGACAAAAAAGCCGUGGUCAAUCAAAAAACAGAUAAUGGAAUGACACCUCUUCGUGUUUCUUGUAAAAACGGAAAUACAGUCAUCGUCAAAAUGCUUUUACAGAGUGGAGCUAAGGUUAACAGUAAUGAUCAAAGCGCUGUUCCUUUACACGAUGCGUGCAAAGUGGGAAAUGAGAGUAUAAUAGACAUUUUAAUUCACGCGAAAGCGUCAGUAAAUCAAAAAACUCAAGAUGGUAUAACACCUCUCCAUGAAGCUUGCAGAAAAGGGCAUGCAAAUGUUGUCAAAAUCUUGUUGGAUAAUAAAGCCGUUGUUAAUGAACAAGACAAAACAGGAGGGACGGCUCUUUCUAUUAGUUCUUUCAAAGGUUUUUAUACAAUUAUUGAUUUGCUUCUACAAAAAGGGGCAAAACCAAAUAUUUCUGAUGAAGAUAAAGUAAACUCACUUAAGCUUGCUUGCAAAGAGAAUCAUAAAGAUGUGGUCGAUUAAUGGUUGCAUUCAAAUUCAGAUGAUAAUUAGUGCAAUAAAGAUAACUGAUCAUUACUUCCAUUUGCUUGUAAUACCAGGAAUAUAGAUUAAGUCAAUCUGUUUUUUAAUAUUUGUUUUAUAAUUAGAGAUCCUAAUCUACCAAAAGCAUAUGUCGGUACUUGCGGUACAGCAAAGAUAUUUGCCCUCACAGUUCCCUGAAAAUGGGCAUUCGAACAUUGCUGAAGUAUUAAGAAAAUACAGAACGAACCUCCUAAUUGUUAACAUUAUGUUUUAUGAAAUAACAAUGUUCCUAUUAAGUUGGGAAUUUAAGAAAGUAUAUAAAUAUGUCAGUUGA